CUUUUUGCCAUCCCUAAUUCAGGCCAGGUUGCCUGCGUGGAAAACAGCUUUCUAGCUUAUUUUAACAAAAAUUACGUAUAUUCACAAACAAACAAAAACGGAAUCCCUGCAAAAAUGGCUGCUGCAGUACCUAUGCGAACCAACUGGAAUCCAAACAUGAAGCACAACGAUAUGGAAAGGUGGAUCUGCAUUUACCCCGCCUACAUCAACAGCAAAAGGACCCGCCAGGAGGGCCGCCGGCUGCCCAAGGAGAACUGCGUGGACAACCCGACCUACGUGGAGAUUCGCGAUGUUCUGUCGGUCAGCAACCUACAAUUCCUCAUGGAAAACAAGAAGUACUGCCGUGAGAAGAGCAGCGAACUCCAGUUCCGCGGCCGUGUGCGGGUCCAGCUCCGUAAUGCCGAUGGCACGCUCUUUAACAACGACUUUCCGACACGGGAAUCCAUCAUGCUGCACAUCGCCGCCAAGAUCCCUCAAUUAAAGACACGCCAGAACAAAUCCGGCGACCCGUAUCACCAGCAGUCGCAGCCGCAACCCACUGCAUCCGGAUCCGGCGGCGGUGGCGGCAAGAAGGGAAAGGGCAAGCGCCGCUGAUGGAAUUUAUGGGUUUUUGUUAGUUGGUUUCUUUUAUAAUAAACGCUAUAAACAGAA